AGCCUUCUGAGAAUAGAAUUUUUUAACAUGCAACGCUGAUAUUCUGCAUUCAGUAAGAAAAUAAAAGAUAUGUGUACAAUCUCCCUUGGUUCAAGAAUAUUUUGUGAUGGUGAAUAUGGAACUGUCUUGUAUGUUGGAAAAGUAGAAUCUUUUCAUGGUAUUUGGUUAGGCAUAGAAUGGGAUAAUCCAGAACGAGGCAAACAUGAUGGGAGUUAUAAUGGUGUUAACUACUUUAAAACAAGAAGUCUAAAAGGUGGUUCAUUUAUCCGUCCUGAAAAAGCUAAGAUUGGAAGACCUUGUCCUGAUGCAAUUUUAGAAAGAUAUUGUAGCAGUAAUGAAAAUGUAUUAGAUGAAAAUAAUCUGUUACUUCCUCAAAAGUAUGGUAAGAAAAGAAUGAUAGAAUUUGUAGGUUUGGAGAAGAUUACAACUAAACAGAGCCAGCUUCAUCAGAUUGAAACUGUUGAUUUAUCUUCAAUGCUUGUUAAUGGACCUGGUCAACCAGGAGCAUUAUCUAAUUUAAUUCCAAAUGUGACAAGUAUGAUUCUUUCCCAAAAUCUUUUUACAUCUUGGAAUAUGAUUGCUGAUAUUACAAUUCAGUUACCACAUCUAACAGUUCUGAAUAUUAGUGAAAACAAACUGUUAAUUCCUGAAAAUCCAAUUGAACUUAAGGCAGCAUUUAGAACUAUAAAAACAUUAAUUCUGAACAAAAUGUCCUAUAAUUGGUCUCAGAUUAUGGAAUGUGCAGUAAUGUGGCCAGAUGUUGAAUAUUUAGAUUUAUGGUCUAAUAGAAUUUCAGAUAUAACAGAAAUACCUACUGAUAUAUUUAUGUAUCUCCAAUCAUUGAAUAUUUCUGAUAAUCCGAUUGGGAAUUGGGAAGAAAUAAAUAAGUUAGGAAAGCUUCCAAGGUUAGAAAAAUUAAUUGCAGAAAAUGCAAAAAUAUGUGGUAUUACACUUCCAGCAACAAAUUCUACAACAGAAGCAUUAUUCAGUAACUUGAAAUGUCUCUAUCUAACAAAUAAUAAAUUAUCUGAGUGGAAAGAUAUAGCAGAAUUAUACAAAUUGAAAAAUCUUGAAGAAUUAAAAGUGAAAGGAAAUCCAGUAAUGUCAUUACAGACAUUAGAAACAUCACAUCAAUUUGUUAUUGCCAAAUUAGUUUCUUUAAAAUAUUUAAAUGGAUUAAUGAUAACUAAAGAAGAUAGAAGAGGUGCAGAAUUAGAUUAUCUGAAAAAAUAUUGUGAGGAGUGGUUAAAAUCUGGUGGUCACAGAGAUCCUGAAUUAAAUAAACCAAGCUGUGAAUUUUUAAACGAACAUCCAACAUAUUUAAAAUNAAUACUUUUUAGCUGUAAACUAGAUCCUAUAUGA